CGUUAACGAAAGACAACACUUCGCUAGUCUGUAAAUUUCUUUUUUUUGGAGGAACUCCCUAACUGUUGUCAUCGGAAGGAAAAUAAACGACCACGACUACCUAUUUCAAUGUAGUUAAUGACACGUUUACUGGUCAAAUUGUGGGGCUUCUCUCCAAAGUGCUUGAUGCGCUUUUAACAUCGUUGGAUGUAAAGUCUGUUACAGGGGAGUCUGAGGUUGCUGGAGCGUAGUGGGUGAGGACUGAGAAGGAUUUCCUAACCGUCUCUCUUUCCUCAGACUUGAUCAUAUUUCACGAAGUCCUUUGGGUGUUACACAUCAGCUGUUCCACUGUAUAUUAUGGUCGUGCUGCCGUGAGACAGUUGGAUAGUCUCGACCCGUUCGUUCAUCCGCUGCCGUACACCAGCACAAUGACCUACCGGCGGACCUACCGGAGUCAGACCUACCGGAGUCAGACCUACGGGAGUCAGACCUACGGGAGUCAGAAGUUUACCGUGUUUUUGAUAGCUCUUCACGUCUUGUCAAUUACAGUAUGCUUCGGUGAAGAUGUGCGCUCCUCCAACAAGACCACUGAAGGGAGACCACUUACCGCAACCAAUCAGCAGAGGUCUACCGCCAAGCUGAAACACUACGGGACUACUGUACCUCUCCUAUUGGUCGGAGAAGAAGAAUGGAGACCAGUCACUCUGCUCCAAUCACAGGGCCAUCCUGCGUCUCUGAAGGUGCUGAUAGAAACAGAGGAGGAACAGCUGCUCCUGAUUCUGGAGAAAAACCAUGGUCUGUUUGCCAGUCACUACACAGAAACACACUACCUGGAAGACGGCAGCGCGGUCACCGGCUCUCACAACAUCACGACGAACUGCUACUACCACGGAAUGGUGCAGGGACACAUCUAUUCUGACGUCAGCCUCAGUACCUGCUCAGGUCUCAGUGGCUUCAUCUCACUAGAAAACAGAUCCUACGUGUUGGAGCCGUCAACGGAUCCCCCCAGUGGAUCCCACAGGAUCUACCGGUCAGAACAGCUCAACUUCACACCUGGCUCGUGUGGCCAUGGCUUCAACAUAUCGCUGGUUCAUGGAGACGCCCAGAACAGCCACAACCAAUCAGACAGCCCCUUCGGAACCUUCAGCACCAGGCAGAGGAGACAUACCCAGAGCACCACCAAGUAUGUGGAGCUGAUCAUCGUAGCUGACAACAGAGAGUUCCAGAAACAAGGGAAGGAUGUGGAGAAGGUCAAACAGAGGCUGGCUGAGAUCGCCAAUUACGUGGACAAGUUCUACCGUGCCCUGAACAUCCGUGUAGCUCUGGUGGGGUUGGAGGUGUGGAGCGACCAGGACAGGUGUCCAAUCAGCCAGGACCCCUUCACCACCCUGCAUGAGUUCCUGGACUGGAGGAAACUCAAACUGCUGCCCAACAGGCCCCACGAUAAUGCACAGCUAGUCAGUGGGGUGUUCUUCCAGGGUACCACCAUCGGCAUGGCACCCAUCAUGAGCAUGUGUACAGCAGAGCAGUCUGGGGGCAUCGUCAUGGAUCAUUCGGACAACCCCCUGGGAGCAGCGGUUACUCUGGCCCACGAACUCGGGCACAACUUUGGAAUGAACCAUGACACCCCAGAGCGGGGGUGUGGCUGCAGGGUGACAGUGGACCGAGGAGGCUGCAUCAUGACCCCCUCUACAGGGUACCCGUUCCCUACAGUAUUCAGCUCCUGUAGUAUAAAGGAUCUGUCUGCCAGUCUGGAGAAGGGCGUUGGGAUGUGUCUGUUCAACAUGCCUGAGGUCAAGGUUCUCUACGGGGGACAGAAGUGUGGCAACGGAUACGUGGAGGAAGGAGAGGAGUGUGACUGUGGAGAACUGGAGGAGUGUAUGAACCCGUGCUGUAACUCUACAACCUGUACUCUGAAGGGGGAUGCUGUGUGUGCUCACGGACAGUGCUGUCAUGACUGCCUGCUGAAAGCAGCGGGCACCCCGUGCAGGGAUUCCAGUAACUCAUGUGACCUGCCAGAGUUCUGUACCGGCGCCAACCCCCAUUGCCCUGCUAAUGUGUACCUGCAUGACGGGCACGCCUGUCACAAUGUGGACGGACACUGCUACAAUGGGAUCUGCCAGACACACGAGCAGCAGUGCAUCACUCUCUGGGGUCAGGGAGCCAAGCCCGCCCCAGGGAUCUGCUUUGAGAGAGUCAACUCGGCAGGAGAUCCCUACGGGAACUGUGGGAAGGACUCCAGGGGAUCCUUUGCCAAGUGUGAAGCUCCAGAUGCUAAGUGUGGCAAAAUACAGUGUCAAGGAGGAGCCAACCGGCCAAUAAUAGGCACCAAUGCCGUCUCCAUAGAAACCAACAUCCCCCUACAAGAGGGGGGCCGAAUCCUGUGCCGGGGGACCCAUGUCUACCUGGGGGACGACAUGCCUGACCCAGGCCUCGUCAUGUCGGGCACAAAGUGUGGCGACGCCAUGAUGUGUCUGAACCGGCAGUGUCAGAACGUCAGUGUCUUUGGAGUGCAGGAGUGCUCAGAGAAAUGCAGCGGUCGAGGGGUGUGUAAUAACAACAAGAACUGCCACUGUGAGGCCCACUGGGCUCCUCCCUUCUGUGACAAGGCAGGCUUCGGGGGAAGUGUGGACAGUGGACCGAUGAGGCUAGCAGACUACGGUGGCGUGGCGGUGGGGGUCCUGUUGACUCUAAUAACCUUCCUGGGAGCCGGCCUCAUCGUCUCCAUCAAGAGAAAGACCCUCCUGAGACUACUCUUCACCAACAAGAAGAACCCUAUGGACAAGCUGAGGUCGGUGGGGCCUAACAGAUCCUCCGGUCCAAGCCAUAGAGAUUCCCCACGUGGCCAGCCUCAAGCCCAGACACAGACACCGCCACAGAGACAGAAACACAGCAGCAGCAUCUUCAAGCCUCCUGCCCAAAACCAACACCCCCCUGGGCAGCCCUACCCCUCCCACAGCCAGCGACGACUACCCCAGUGCUCCCCUGUUCACCUCAGUCACCCCGUCCCCCUGUCCCUGUCCCCUAUGGCCGUCCCUGGACCAGGACAGCCCAGACCACCUACUCCCCCUCCUCACCGAGCCCUGCCUCCCCAUGGACCAGGACAGCCCAGACCACCUACUCCCCCUCCUCACCGAGCCCUGCCCACCCAUGGCCAAGGACAUGCCCACAGCCACACCCAGGCUCCGCCCAGAGGGGCAUCGUUUCGCAGUGUGCCACAGCAACAUAACUCCUGCAGGAUGGUCUUGGAUUUGGAGAUGCCAAGUCCACCCCAGAAACCCCUACCUGCCGAUCCCCUGGGCAGGAAUACCCAGAAGCCUCUACCUGCCGACCCCCUGGGCAGGAAUACCCAGAAGCCUCUACCUGCCGACCACCUGGGCAGGAAUACCCAGAAGCCUUUACCUGCCUACCCCCUGGGCAGGAAUUCCCAGAAGCCUUUGCCUGCUAACCCUAACCCUAACUCCCCCGGAAGGAGUGGUCAUCUGAUUCGUAGUCCCAUUGCUGUCGGCGUCCCCAUCCCUGUACCUGUCCCCGGUGUCCCCAGGCCGCUGAGACCUGUUCCACACCACAACAGAUCUGUUCCUAAGCAACCCCCAACACUACCUAAGCCUCGUAUGAUCGUCCACGCCAAGUUCAGCAGCUGAGAGCAGCUGGACUAAACUUGAAGGGGAAUUAAAGGACGUUCUUUCCGCGAGACGAUAAAGACAUUUCACUUGCACUAUGAAACUCUGAAAACCUUAAUGAUGUGGUGUCUCUGAGUUUUUGAAUAACGGGGACGGAGCGUUGGGCGGGUGGCGUGUCAGCGAGUCAGCCCCCCCCCCUGUUGGUGCUCUGAUGUCAGAGAGGUGCUAUAGGUCUGAGCUCAGGUACACGUAUGUAAAGUAUUUAUGUUUUGUGUAUUUAUUCAUUAGUUACCACACCGUGCACUGUGCCAGACACUUGGGAUUUCAUCUGUAGUCUUUGUUUAUUUUUUUUUAUAUAUUUUUUUUCUACUGUUAGCCAUUUGAUUUCAAUCAUGGGGAUAUUUGAACCUGUUUUGAUGGACAGGAAGCAAGGGGAAAGGUCCAACUUAACAAAGCCUGUCUCUGGAGAUCUGGGAAGUUGUAAAGACCCCAAUGACCUGGAUUCAGAACAAAGGGAAAGACAUCUACUGCACUUGGGUUGACGGACUUGUGUAUGACGCCACCUGUUGUAAGACAACGGCAUCACUGGUAAAUCCUGUCGUGGGUCUUCCUCCGUACAGUAUACAGCCAGCUGUUUCUCCCUCUGUGACCGUACUGUGUAUACACUGAUGCUGAGAGACUGAGCCCUGAGGAACACCAAUAACAACCUUACACCAACCUUACAACAACCAUACACCAACCUUACACCAACCAUACACCAACUAUACACCAACCAAACACCAACCUUACACCAACCAUACACCAACCAUACACCAACCAUACACCAACCAUACACUAACCAUACACCAACCUUACACCAACCUUACAACAACCUUACACCAACCUUACACCAACCAUACACCAACUAUACACCAACCAUACACCAACUUAUCACCAACCUUACACCAACUUAUCACCAACCAUACAUCAACUAUACACGAACCUUACACCAAUCUUUCACCAACCAUACACCAACCUUACACCAACCAUAAACCAACCAUACACCAACCUUACACCAACUUAUCACCAACCAUACAUCAACUAUACACCAACUAUACACCAACCAUACACAAACCUUACACCAACCUUACACCAACCUUACACCAACCUUACACCAACCAUACACCAACCAUACACCAACCAUACACUAAC